GCGCGGCUGACAAGACAUAUGCACGGAAUCAGCGCUCCUUGGUAUUUGAGGAAGCCCUACGCCACCUCGUUAUCAUUCAGUCCCUGCCUUGACUGCAUCAAGAAACUCCAGCUCCCUCUUCUCCCUACAUCACGCAGACCUUCAACACCAAAGGAGAUACACUAGUGGGGAAUAUAUCCUAUAUGAUGAUAACGAAGCACAUUGCGGAACCUGUGUCUUCCAGGCACUUGGAGUGAUGUCAGCUGGAAAUGCCGGCACCCUCAAUAGGCGCUAACGUCCUGGCACAUGGCUCUACAGCUUAGCUGGCUGCUGGAGUAACUCACACGGCCGACUGUCUGCAUCUCUCUCUGGACCCCCAGCCCCCAGCCAGCCACCAGCCUUCUCUGUGUUUGGAGAGGAAAAAGAUUGGCACCAGGGGAAUGCCAAUGCCGAUGCAGAAUGUUGCCUUGUGCAGAGAAGACCAAAACGAGGUAGAAGAGUCCUACUGUAACUAUUGAGGCCUUACCCAGGAAGGAGCACACACUGCUAUCUUGCAGGAAAGAGCCUAGAACAAACCUCACCUCCUUCUCAUCUCCUUGUCAUUCCUGGCUUUCCACCGAUCGUGGGAACGUAAGAACCCUGAUAGCACCAGCCGAAAACAAGGCCAGCCUGGGACCGAAGGGCUGUGCCAACAUCGCUGGAAGCAGCACCAAGGCGUAACUCAGACAGCUCUUCCUGUGUGGCGCUCACUGUGUAAGCAUGGACGACCCGUACCACAGCAAUUUCUACCAGGGCCCUCAGGGGGGCAGCAACACCUACUCCACCUUUGAGGAAGGCCGGGCCGACCCGGACGGCUAUUACCGCGGCAACGAAUACUCGGCCCAGGACGAGGAUGCGGCCAGCGAUGUCACCGAGGGGCACGACGAGGACGACGAGGUGUACGAAGGGGAGUACCAGGGCAUCCCGCACCCCGACGAGAUCAAGGCCCGCGAUAGGGCAGCGCGGGCGGCUGUGCAGGCGCAGGAGGUGAGCGACGGGGCGGUGGGGAAGAUGCAGGACGAGGAGCAGCUGGCACACCAGUACGAGGCCAUCAUCGAGGAGUGCGGCCACGGGCGAUUCCAGUGGACCCUGUUCUUCGUGGCAGGCCUGGCCCUCAUGGCGGACGGAGUGGAGUGUUUCGUGGUGGGAUUCGUGCUACCCAGCGCGGAGAAGGACAUGUGCUUGUCCAACGCUAACAAAGGGAUGCUGGGUCUGAUUGUGUACCUGGGGAUGAUGCUGGGAGCUUUCAUAUGGGGCGGACUGGCAGACAAGAUGGGCCGCAAGAGGUGUCUGAUUAUUGCACUGGCCAUCAACUCCAUCUUUGCCUUCCUCUCCUCCUUCGUCCAGGGAUACGACCUCUUCCUCUUCUUCCGGCUUUUCUCUGGCAUUGGGAUCGGAGGCUCCAUCCCUAUUGUUUAUGCCUACUUCUCAGAAUUCCUGUCCAGGGAGAAGAGAGGGGAGCACCUUAGCUGGCUCUGCAUGUUCUGGAUGAUUGGUGGCAUUUAUGCUUCCUCUAUGGCCUGGGGCAUCAUCCCUCACUAUGGCUGGGGCUUCAGCAUGGGCACAGAAUACCAUUUCCACAGCUGGCGCGUCUUUGUGCUGGUCUGUGCUCUGCCCGCCAUAGCCUCGCUCAUCGGGCUCACCUUCAUGCCCGAGAGCCCGCGGUUUCUUCUGGAGAAUGCAAAACACGAUGAGGCGUGGAUGAUUCUGAAGCAGGUUCAUGACACAAACAUGAGAGCAAAGGGGGAGCCAGAGAAGGUUUUCACAGUCUCUCAUAUUAAGACACCCAAGCAGGACGAUGAGUUCAUUGAGAUUCAGAGCUCCACAGGGACCUGGUACCAGCGGUGGAUGGUCCGAAUCAUGACUGUGAUCAAACAGGUGCUGCAGAACGUGCUGUCCCUGUUCUCACCCCAGCUACGCCUCAAUACUUUAUUUAUGGCGAUCAUUUGGUUCACGAUGGCCUUCAGUUACUAUGGGUUAACCGUGUGGUUCCCAGACAUGAUUAAGUACCUGCAGAAUGAGGAGUAUGAGUCCAAGGUGAAGGUCAUCCGUCGCGAACGCGUGGAGCACUUCACCUUCAACUUCUCCCUGGAGAACCAGAUCCACCGCGAAGGAGAGUACUUCAAUGACAAGUUCACUAAAAUAGAGAUGAAGUCGGUCACCUUUGAGGAUUCUUUGUUUGAAGAGUGUUUCUUUGAAGACAUCAGAUCUACAGAUACUUUCUUUAAGAACUGCACCCUUAUAAACAAUGUGUUCUACAAUACAGACCUGAAUAAGGAAAAGUUCAUUGACUGCAAGAUGGUGAACACUACGUUCCUGCACCCAAAGCAAGGCUGCCACCUGGACUAUGAAGAAGAAAAUGACGUCCUCAUCUACCUGGUCAGCUUUCUGGGAAGUCUGGCUGUGCUCCCAGGCAACAUCAUAUCGGCGCUCUUCAUGGACAAGAUAGGGAGGAUAAAGAUGAUAGGGGGCUCCAUGCUCAUCUCCUCCGUCUGCACCUUCCUUCUGUUCUUCGGCAGCAGUGAGUCUGCCAUCAUUGGCUGGCAGUGCCUCUUCUGUGGCACCAGUGUGGCAGCCUGGAAUGGCAUUGAGGUCAUCACAGUGGAGCUGUACCCUACUAAUAAAAGAGCCACAGCCUUCGGCGUGCUGAACGCCCUGUGCAAGUUUGCGGCCAUCCUGGGGAGCUCCAUCUUCGCCUCGUUCGUGGGUAUCACCAAGGUCAUCCCCAUCCUCAUGGCCUCCUCGGCGCUGGUGGCCGGCGGCCUGCUGGCUCUCAAGCUGCCCGAGACCCGCGAGCAGGUCCUCAUGUAGCGCACCCGCCGGACAGAAGGCGGCGCUGAGGAGCAGCGAGGGGGCGGAGCGCGGCGGCAGGAGGAAAUCACGCGAGAGCAGGCGGACGGCUUGCGGGGAUUUUGCCAUAACAUUCAGAGACUCGUUACUGCCCGCGGUGCCCUGUGUUUCACUUUUCGUCUCAUUUCAUGACAUUUCAUUCCUCUCCAGAGCAGCUGAAAAAAAAAAACAAACAGCUCGGUCACCCAACUAAAAUAGUAAUGUGAAAGAGGACGGCGUAUUAUCGCUCUUCCUCUCUCCGCUGGUCUGUUCAUUUCAUUUUUUUAGCGUUUCAACACGACCAAAAAAACUGCGGAAAUGGAAAACACCAGGAAAUCGUCAUACUGUAUAUAUAUAUAACUGUUACGGAGAAAGUUACAUUAUAUUCAGAGAUGAUAUGAGCCAGGGUUUAAAUCGAACCAUUUAUGUUUAAAAUUAAAGUUUAGUCUAGUAACUUUAAGACGUGAAAUAAGAUACGGUAGAAAAGUGAAUGUUUCAAAAUCUAAAGUUUUGUGUGUCCGACACAGUGCUGUACUUUGUAUAAGUCUAUCCUUCUGUAAUUGGUGAUUCUAACUGCUCCUCUCAUUACCUGGAUCAAGUCACGACAAGCAGUCGUGUAUCACAGUGCUGUUUCAUGGCGUGGUUCUGGGUUUGGUCAAUAUGUAAUGCGGAAUUUGCAUCCAGUUUUUCUGGAUAAUCAUCAACCCCUUGAAUAUAGGCUUGUCCUUUAGGAGCAGUAAGCGAAAUCAGAGGUAGCCUUGAACUCCAGCUCAGUUCGCAAGGCAAACAUAUCACGGCCUCUAGUGGCCAGUUCUUGUAACUGUAUAAUGAUAUUCUUCGGUAUUUUGCAAGGCCUUCUAAUACGAGACAAGACCUGGAUUAGAAUACCCCUUUCUUUCAGAAUCCAAAUUACUGAAGCAAAGGGAGAAAUCAAAUUCUCCAGUGUUUUUAGAUGACAUGCGCUCUUAUGUGGAAGAGAAGGGUCAUAUAUAUUAGAUCUACCUAUGGAUCUUUAGUAGAGUGCUGAUCUGGAAAACAGUAUAGUUUUGUAUUUUGACAUUAGACAUUAAUGCGUUGGGUUACAAACUCCAUUAUAAAGCAAAUCCUGUCCUUCCAUAGCUCCAUGACCCUAAAAACAGAUUGAUUUUAGUUAUAAGUUCUUUUUAUAAGCUUAUAAGCUUUUUUCUAACAUUCAAAUUUCACAUUUUCUGUUUGUUUUUGAAUGGAUGCAAUAAUUUGUGUCAAACAUUCUGCAUAAAUUGGUUACAUUUUUUUGUCUUUAAAUGUCUUUGACGUAGUAUAUUUGCUGCAGUUACCCUUACAUCAAAUAGUUUGCCAUUCCUAUAGUAUGCCAAUGAGAACAGAUACCAGUACCAUUUUUAAUUUCUUAUCUACUUUUUUCAUUAGAUGUUGUUCUCUGAUCCCCACCACAGAAAUGUGAAGGUUUUCUUAUAGUUUUAAAUGAAGUGAUAUCAACAGUUGUGAAUCCUGAAACUAUCAAAUGUACAUUAAAUUACACAAAAUGUACAUAAAACUAAAACAAUGUUAAGGAGAAAAUCUUUGCUUAACAUUGAUGAUAGCUGUGCUGAAAUAAGCAUAAGGGAGAGACUCUCAGCUGCUUCAAAUUGUACCUUUAAAUGGCUUACAGGUGGGAUGCAUGUAAUUUCCAGCAAGUAUCUCUCAACAAAAUGUCUAUAAAUGUCCUUUUCAAUGUCUAUAAUUAAUCAAAAAAAAUAUGGUCUCUACUGCUGUAUUUAUUGAAUGUUUCACUGUAAAUAAAUACAUCAAAGUUCAAUUGUAAAAGAUUAGCCAUUUCUGAAUUUACUAAAUAAUUACUUAAUCUGGGGGUAGCUUUCAUACUCUGCUUCAGUCUUACAGCAGUUGCCUUUAGGAACCAGUUUCAUGCUAAAACACCAAAAAAAAAAACCCUUUCAGCUUCUGUGGUGAUAAACCUUUUAAUAUACAGUCUAGGGGAUUUUUCAUUAAAAAAGUUUGAACGUGUGUAAAACUCAGUCUGAAAACACUGUCCUUGUGGAACCGUUACCAAAUUGUCUUGUAUGAUAAGAACACAGGCAGUGGACCCUGUUCUCAAGAAGAGCGUAGGGGAGCUCACAGAUGAGAGGAGUCCAUUCAGCUCGUUUGGCUAAUUGAACCCGGGAUUGCGUGCAGCUGUUUCUUGAAAGAGGCCAGCGUAUCAGCUUCAACAACACAGCUGGGUAGAUUGUUUCAGAUUUACACAACCCUUUGGAACCACGGAAUAAGUGUAUAACACGGUGGCGCAGUGGUUAGCUUUGCUGUCUCCUAGCACUGGGGUCCUGGGUUUGAGUCUGGACCUGGGGUGCUGUCUGUGGGGAGUUUGCAUGUCCUCCCCCAGUUUGCACGGGUUUUCACUGUGUGCUCCAGUUUUCUCCCACCUGAGAGAUAUAUUGGUAAGUUCACUGGCCUACUGGGAAAAAUGGUCCUGGUGUGAGUGUGUCUGUGUGUGUCCUGCGAUGGAUUCGCGUCCCAUCCAGGCUGUGUCCCUUCUUGCACCCGUUGCUUGCUGGGAUAGGCUCCCUUGCGACCCCGUGUUGGAAAAUCGGUCAGGAAAUGGCUGGAUGGGCCUCUCAUGUUAAGAUAAUAAUUGGCUGGAUGGGCCUCUCAUGUUAAGAUAAUAAUUGGAAUAAUGAUAGGAAAGCCCCUGAUCAUCAAUAUGCUCAAUUGACAGUCGACUUGAGUGGAGGAAAAGAAAUAGAUCCCAAUUUUAUUGUCUCGAUUCUGUGAAUGACAAGGUCAACCCACUUUUCAAGGGAAGGUCAUCCUCUGACCUUAAAUACUUAAUUGAACAAAUUGUUUGAAAAAGAAGUCACAUCACCAUUUGUUAUAGGGUUUAAUAAGUUGUUAAUUGAAAAGUACCUGUAAAGCAUACAGAAAUCCCUCUCUUAUGGACUGGAGUAUUCCAUGUCUUUCACCUUUUACCGUUUAACAAAAAAUGAUCUGCUAUAUAAUAAAGGCUAUUAUUGUGUACCAUUGAUUCAUGUUGGUUAUAAGUGCAUUAUUCUGAUUUGUUAUUUUUGUCAUCUUAAAAAAGAGUAUGUUGUGAAGAGAACGUCCUAUAAAUUAUCGAGGAAGUAAAAAUCCAACGCUUUUGUCGAACACUACCACUGAAAACAUUUGAAAAUGAAUAUAAUUUGAAAAUGAUAUACAUCUCAAUAUGAAUAUAAAGGACUUCUCUAUAUCCACAUAUACAGCAGUUUGUAAAAUCCACUAAGAAGCAUUUGGUGUUGGAAUCAUGAGUUUAUGCAUUCUCUGCUUUAUUAAUCAUUAAGGCAGUUUUUAGAAAUUCCCUUUUCUGGUUUCUUUCUAACUGAUAUCCACAAUGAAGUGUGAACCUUUCACACAGUAUGAAACUAGAUUUGAUCAACUCUGGGGAGGUGGAGAAACGAUUACUCCCAAAUACAUGGGCAUUUAGUGUGACUGGAGCCACAGGAGAGGAGCCUGCUCUGUCAGGGAGCAGGUACAGUAUUCUGUGUUUACUGUAGCAUCAAGGACUGAGCUGAUGAGUACAGGUGUUUGUGUAUUAUUUCAAGCUAAUCAAUCUGUGUGUCCUGUUGUAUGGAAGGCCAUAUUAUUUUCUUGUUUUUAUAUGUUAAUUAAGUGUUGGAUUGUGUGUUGGAAAAUGGAGACAGGUGCCGACUAUCUUUCAUUUCCUUUUUUUGGUUUUGUUUUGUGACAGUCAAAAUAAAAAUAUCAAAAUAUA